GCUUCCUUCUCUUCACUCCCUUUUCAUACGCCCCAUUGCCUGUUUGCUGCUUCAAAUAUCGCGUCCUAAAGCCUUUCCCUGGCUCUCUUUACGCCACCAACUAAAGCAACAACAAUAACGACGAUAACAACGGCUGCCCCACUGCUUCUUAUUCCUUUCUGCUUUUCUUUUCUUUUCUUUUCUUCUCUUCUCUUCUCUCCUCUUCUCUUCCUUCUUAUUCCUUCGCUCUUUCCUUCUUCUUCGCCCCGCCCCGCCUCUUCUCCUAGUCAAUGCGGUCGUCACUAUGACAGUUAUCACCGAAACCACACCGAGCCCAGAGCAAGCGCUCGACUCCGAAGAAUCACCGCCCAUCAUCCCAUCCGAGUCGCAGUCCCAAUUGGACCUUGUUCUGCUGGAGGAGGACACGCUUGUUCGCAGGAUCCGAGAACCGUCUUUGUUUGAAAAAGGCCUACUGUUGGAGCAGGAUCAGGAUCAGGAUCAACUCACCAGACAACAAAUGCUGGCAGUUGCACGAGCUGGGAAAGCUGUCAAUCGCAAGAGACAGGACGAACCAUUAUCACUUUCUUCGUUAAUACCAUCGCCAACCGCUCGAGUCUUGCCAAACGAGGUCCUCAUCCAAGUCUUUGAAAACCUACUCACGGAUCAGCCAACGCUUCUCGCUGCUUCAUCCGUCUGUCUCGAUUGGAAUCUGUGUGCCACCAGCAUUCUAUACCGAUACCCACAAUUUGCCAGCACAUUGCAUUGGGCACUUUUCAUCCAAACGCUGUGCAGGAGCAAGGAUUCGCAGCGACCGAAAACUCGCCGACGACGUUCCAUCAUUCAAAGCCUUUCUCGUGAUCGACAAUUUAGUCGCCACCCACCAUCACAACUAGCCCCUGCUCAGAUUGAGGUCUAUGGAGGCCGAACCCAAUGGAACAGUAGUCGUCUGUGCAAUAACCUCGGAGAUUAUGUACGAGGGAUCGAUCUAUCGCGGAAAAUAGUCCAGGUCGACCAGUCGCAGUGCACCUGUCCCCAGUCUACAGGAUCGUCAUCAGUAUUGUCAUCGUCAUCGUCAUCGUCGUCGUCGUCAUCUUCAUCGGCAUCGCCGCCUGCAGGGAACAGGAUGUGCAUUAUUCACCCAGAGGCGCAUCCUUCGACUUCAAAUAUGUCUGUGGCUCUCGAUCCUUUACAUGCAGCCCAUCCUGUAGACGUAGGCACGAGUCGCGUGGAUCAGGGCACAAGUUUCUUUGUGAGCUAUGGCGCAUCUGAUUGGGACGAAUGGUCUUCGAAUCGGGAUUCUUGGAGGACAAGCACGGACCGAGGCAACUCUUCAACGUCCAGUCGACAGCGAGCUAUCUCAGAGGGAUCCAGUCUCCAAGGUAGCGGCAAUACCGUGCCGUCAAGUUCAUUCCGCAACCCCAACCUGGCAACAAGCCAACGGUGGUCGAUCCUUUGGUCCAUGGAGAACGAAUAUCGCCAGUCGAUGGGGCAGAACUCGUCCUCAUCAGCUUCUCUUCCACGGACACACGCGAAUGUUACGGCAACGUUCCCUUUGGCCAAUCAUCCGUCGACCAUGCAGCCUAAUGGGAGCUGGAACAGGGCAGUGAUGGAUCUAUUGUCGCACCGACAAGGCGCAGCACAGAACUCGGCACGGAGUCUUUAUAACAGCCAGGGAAACAUGGAUCGGGAUCGCACAACCCAGACAACGCCUGCUAAGGCAGAUGUCGUGGAGGUUCGCUAUAUGAAGCCAAUCACGGUUACGGUCUCAUCGCUUAUUCAAAUGGCGCGAAAUUGCCCUAACCUGGAGUCGCUCUGUUUGGGGUCGACCUUGACGCCAGAUACGCUCUAUUUGGAGACUGGAGAUUAUCAAUCGACGCUUCAACCUGGACCUCGUGCUGGAUUGACAUAUGUCCCUGUGACGGCCGCCGAUGGCGCCAAAGCUCUAGGAGAGUUCUGUCCGAAGCUACAAAGAUUGUGGUUGGCAGGAUGUGAAUGGGUUACUGCGGACGAGGUCCGGGUCUUUCUGACGCAUUGUCGACAGCUUCAGACGCUUGAUAUCCGACAUUGCAGUAAACUGGACGGACGUCUCGGGCAGCUCUUCGUAGUCCAGGAAGAAGAAGAAGCCCGCGAAUCUCCUAGAAGCUCAGAAAGCGAACUGAGCGAGCGAGACGACGAUGACGAUCAGCCGAGUGAGAGUUCUUUUUUGCAAACAGGUGAGCGGGGAAGGAAGCGGCGCAACAGAGGCCAUUUUGCUGGUGGCGAGGCAGCGAUGGCUGGGUUUAUGGCAGCAGUAUUGAAUGCAACAGCAUUGACGAGACCCUCCACAGAAGUAGCACCGCUCCCACUGACGUCGACGAGCACAGCAUCCUCGGGGUCGAAAUCGAUGUCGAUAUAUACCAGGCCGGGUCCUAAGAAACGGGUCCGUGAUGGGGCCAUGUUUGAUUUGGUGAACACGGCGAGUUCUGGACGCCUUGCUGCGAUGGCGACAGCAUCUCAACAGAUGCAGCAGCAAACACAGCAGCAACAACCUGCACAGCACCAACAGCAAGACCAACAGAAUCAAAUACGGGGGCAAACGCAGGAAUAUGAACAACAGCACUCACAGCCAUUGUGUUCUAGUUUGGUUGGUUAUUACACUCCAAUUCAAUCUGGCAAUGGAGAUACUUUACAGACCCAUGCUAGUGCUGAGCAGUCACCGUCUGGGUUUAUUAGCAGAGUCAACAAUGAAUAUCAGGCCAAUAACAGCGUCAGGGUCAACGAAGAAACCAACAACAACGAGUACGAUAAGGAUGAAAAUCAGACUGAGUUAUCGGAUGCAGAGAAGGAUGAGGUCGACGUGGUCUAUGCGCACUAUGGAGUGUAGGGCCACUUGUACUGCACCCUCACAUCCGGAUUUGGAGUCACAGGCAUACUUACUUUCGCGUUCGCAUUCGCACCCUGCAUACGCAUACGCACACUGCACUCACACAUCGCAUUAUACCAUCUGUAGCAUUUGUUCCGCGGCAGGAUUUUGCUAGGAAUUGUGAACCUUGCUCGAAAUAAACGACAGAAAGAAAUGCAGAGCGAAAUUGUAAUUC